AUGGUAGCUUUAAAAAUUCAAACAUCGUUAUAUCCCAUCUCAAUAAUUUCUGCCUACUCCUCACCAGCACAAGAUGUCAGCACAGCUCUCCAAGAAAUCCAAGAGAUCAUUACCAGCCUGCCGGAGGAAAAGAUCAUCAUCGGCGCUGAUCUCAAUGGACACAGCACCCUUUGGGGGUAUAAAUCCAAUGACAACAGAGGUAAUGAAGUAUUGGAUUUUAACUUAGCAAAUAAUUUAUACAUCUUAAAUAAAUCAGAUGCCCCACCAACUUUCCAAAGAAAUAACAGCAUUGGCUGGCCAGAUCUGACCUUAUGUUCCCAAUCAAUUAUAGACUCUUCCAUUAACUGGGAAGUUCUGGAGGAUAUUUCCUUAAGUGACCAUAGAUAUAUACAAACAACAAUAGCAUCCACUAUAGCUAACCAUUUCUACAAAAGAUACAAGACACGCCAUGGGAAUCAUCCUAGAUUUCACAAUAUACUUGGUAAAGAUAUUUAUUAUCUAGAAAAUAAAAUAGCAACAGCAAGAAAUUCCAGAGAUCUAAAUGACGCUACAAUAAUUCUUCAAAACUCUAUUAUUAAUGCCUGCAACAAAACCUUCAAGAUUAAAAAACAGCUUUUGUUAACGAAACCAAACUGGUGGAUAGAGAAAUUAGAAAUGCAUAAAAAGAAAGUUAGAGCAUUAAGAAAGAGAGCACAAAGGGCACCAGAAAUUGAAAAGCAUUGUAGAUACCAGAUCUUCAAGAAAGUGAAAACUGAGUACAAAAAACAUAUUAAACAAGCAAAAACUACGGGCUGGAGAAACUUCUGCAGUGCAGCCUCCAACCCAUAUGGAAAGCAUUACAAAGCCGCUUUCUGGAAAUUAGUUUCCCCAUCACAAAUCCCAUACCUGAUAAAGAGUGAUCCAAAAGGAAGUUUGAAAGAAGUAGCGCAAACCAUCUUGGAUCAGAUUUUCCCAACUUCUGCUAUUUCAACUAAUUAUAAUUUAAAUACUUCAACGCAGCCACUUGACCCUCCAUUUUCUCUCCAAGAAAUUUCAAUGAUAAUAGACAACCUUCCGUCAGGUAAAGCUCCCGGUAUUGAUGGAAUUGACAACCUCCUUCUUAAAAUUAUUUACAAACGCUUUCAAAUAUCUUCCCAACUCUCUUUAAAAAGUGCCUAG